AUGGAGACCGGCUUAGCAGUCACAAUCGCCGUGCUCAGUACGUUAGUAGGGAGUGGCAUACUCUACGGCGUAUACAAAUGCGUCGUCAUACAAAAGGGUCCCGACCCGGACCUCGAGAAUGCCUUUCCGCCGGCGUACUGCGCGUAUCAGAUGCCGCCGGUGCAAUAUCAAGCGCCGGCCCCAGCCUAUCAGCCUCCGGUCCAGUACCAACCGCAGGUUCAGUACCAGCCGCAGGCUCAGGCGGGCUUGGUGCCGGCUGCCUUGGCAGCACUGGGGGCCCUGUGGCCGCAACCUCCGCCUGCUGCCGCACAACGACAGUUAUGCGCGUCCGAGCUCGCCGACUCCGCGGCCCGCGAGCGGGCCCAAGACGAGCUUGAUCGGCAGCUCCUGACCAAGACGAAGUUUUGGGAUCUCGACACCCUCGAGGAGAACGCCCGUCUCCCCCAGGAGCACCACGACUCGAAGACUUUUUCUAAGAAAUCGGCCUCACCAAGUACCGACGUCUACCUGCAUAGGAGUCUGCCUCAAUACUGCGUCACGUCCGUCCCUUUCCUCGCCAUGGCGGCCCCAACGACAUCGGCGCACUUCGUCAACGUCUAUCAGUCUGUCGACAAAACCAAGCGCCCCGUUACCACAUCGCUGGCAGUCGCGAGAUCACCACGCCCGCCAUCGGGCGACACCGAAGAAAUCAAGGCCACGCUGCCCGAAUACUAUACUGCACCGCCAUGGCGCCUUCUCUGGGAUGAUUUGGUACUCUUCAUUAGAUGCAUCGGGUCCAUCCCCUUCGUCAUCACUCCCCUAUGGUAUCCUCGGCGAGAUGGAGUCCAAUACCCAAAGCUCGACAAGUCAUGGGUGCCGAGAUUGCUCCUAUGGGGCCCCAUCGACAGCGCCAUCACGGGUAUCCAAACCUGGUAUCAAGGCAAAGUCGACCCCUAUUAUCCCUCCGGCGAGAUGGAUGAGCUGUAUCCUUCGGUCGGAAACCUUUGGUGUCUCUUUAUACACGGUAUUCUCAUCGUUACGCAACUGGCUUUCUUGAUUUCACUACCGUUCCUGGCUACCCUUCCCUUCCAGCUCUUCGUGCUGUACGUCGGCGGAUUCAUCUUCGUCAACUAUAUCUUCUGCUUACAGCUCAAUGCCGGAACCGAGAACAACUUGCUCAAGUCUCAGCAUGCUUUGUGGCCAGAGGCGGCUAAAUGGAAGUCGCUGGACCCCAACGAGAACUACAGCGAAGAAUGGAUCUUUCUUAACGGCGUGUCCGUUGGCUCGCAUUGGCUGCAGGGGAACAUCAACAGACUAUCACGCACUUUUCAGCGUCCCAUCACCGGUGUCCAUAACAGAACGUCUGGAAUCAUCUUUGACCUUAUCCAGUGUCUCCUAGAGCGAUGCUUCUACUUUGGUACCUCGGACACCAGAACUUGCUAUGCGCUCAUCACAGCUGCCCUGGACCCUGCGCAGAAGAAAGACAAAACGGUUCUCAUCCUUCACUCUCAAGGUGGCCUUGAGGGAAGCAUCAUCCUCGAUUGGCUCCUCUCCAACUACCGCCGAGAGACCUUGCAUAAGCUGGAGAUCUACACUUUCGGUAAUGCUGCCAACCACUUCAACGACCCCGAAACUUCUAAAAAUGAACACGUUAUCGGGCACAUCGAGCAUUAUGGCAACACUGGUGACUUUGUAUCCCAAUGGGGAGUCAUUCAUUUCAAGUCUCUGGUUGCCGAGCAAAGUAAUCCUCAGCCAAUGGAUGGAAGGCAUCCUUUCUUGCCCAUCGUUGAUGACAUUUUACGCCUUGAUAAGAGACAGAACACUUUUGCUGGACUACUUUUCGAGAACAACGUGUUGGGUCACCUGUUGAACCAGCAUUAUCUCGACAGACUGUUUCCCUUGAAUGAAACCCUCACUGGCGUCGUAGAGAGCAAGGAGUCUUUCAUGGCCAAGCGUAUGAAAGCUGGAAAUGGCAGUUGCGACGUCGAAGGGCACAAGGUUUGCCAAAAGAGCAGGCUAUGGGAGUAUAUCAAUGGUGGAAAGCCUAGAGAGUAUAAUUUGCAGCAGUCGUUGACAUGA